UCAAAUCAGAAUUAAAUUAUGAAAUCCCCUUUAUCCAUAUCCCAUUAUCCCCAACCUAUACACACAGACGUUCUGCUCUGUACGUAUAUAUAAAAACACACACAUUUUUAUUAUUAUACAUACAGCAAAGCAAACCUAUACAUACAGAUCUGUAUCCAUGGGCAAUGCGAGCGCUAAAGAAGACGACUCCUUCGCGAGAUCCAAUGACGAUUCUGCUCGUGAUCCUCACGCGCCUCGCCUCGCGUCAGCUGCUUCUACUGAUUCUAUGAAUAAUUCUCCUUCGAAUAGUCCUCCGCGCUCGAGAUCUCCUCUCAUCUUUGCUCCGCAGGUACCUGUUGCUCCUCUGCAACGGAAUGAUGGCCCUUCUUCUGAUCAAAUGUGGCAGACUGAAGUUGAUGAUGCUAUGGAUGUUCCUCAGCGAGGAAUACCUACUCUAAUAACAUGGAACUAUGGUGGUAAUGAUGUGUCUGUAGAAGGAUCUUGGGAUAACUGGAAGUCCAGGAGGGCGUUACAAAGAGCUGGCAAGGAUCAUACUAUUCUCUUGGUACUGACUUCAGGAAUAUAUCAUUACAAAUUCUUAGUGGAUGGAGAACACAGAUAUAUUCCCGAUCUUCCUUCAGUAGCUGAUGACGUCGGCGGUGUUUGUAAUCUUCUUGAUGUCAAUGAUUAUGUCCCCGAGAAUCUAGAUAGUGUUGCAGAGUUUGAGGUCCCAUCAUCACCAGACUCCAGCUAUUGCCAAGCUUUUCCUGGAGAUGAAGAUUAUGCAAAGGACCCAGUGGUAGUUCCAUCCCAGCUCCAUGAAACAGUUCUUGGAGGCGACUCAGAUGACGAAUCUUCCUCUCCUCCGAAACCCCAACACGUAGUACUUAACCACCUCUUUAUAGAGAAAGGAUGGGCAUCCCAGUCUGUUGUUGCUCUUGGUAUGACUAAUAGAUUCCAGUCCAAGUAUGUAACAGUUGUCCUCUACAAGCCACUUAACAGGUGAGCACUCUGAUCUUCCAAAUCAAAUCCUGUAAAUGUUAGCAUCCACAAUAGCCUGGCGAAGGCCCAAAUUGUGAAUUGAACCUUUUUCUGUUGUAUACUUUUGACCUCAAUCUAGUCUGUUAUUCCAGCUUUGUACUGGGGAAGUAAAUUGUUCCCUUUGGGUUUUAAGCAUUGAUAUUUAGGAACACAA